CACGGCUCCUGUACAGUCUGCAGGUGGAGGUUCCUAUAAGGUGUCAGGACGUGGCGGUCUAUUUCUCCAUGGAGGAGUGGGAGUAUGUAGAAGGACACAAGGAUCAGUACAAGGAUCAGGUCAUGAUGGAGGAUCAGCAGCCCCUCACAUCACCAGUCAGAUCCAGUAAGAGAACAGCACUAGAGAGGUGUCCCCGUCCUCUUGAUGAACAGAAUAUGGAGACAUUACUACAGGGAAAGAUCUGAUCUAUAUUAAUGCUACAGACAUAAAGGAAGAAGAAGAGACUGAUGAGAGCAGUGAUGAGCAGUAUAAGGAGGACAUUCCUGCAGGGAAAAAUCUGAUCAAUAUUAAUGCUACAGACAUAAAGGAAGAGGAAAAGACAGAUGUGAGCAGUGAAGAGCAGUAUAAGGACAACAUUCCUACAGGGAAAGAGCUAAACAAUAUUAAUGCUACAGACAUAAAGGAAGAAGAAGAGACAGAUGUGAGUGAUGAUGAGCAGUAUAAGGAGGACAUUCUGACAGGAAAAGAUCUGGAUAAUAUUAAUGCUACUGAUAUGAAGGAAGAAGAGACAGAUGUGAGCGGUGAUGAGCAGUAUAAGGAGUACAUUCCUACAAGUAACCACCCAUAUUCUUGUAGCAGGAGAUCAGAGGAGAAUCUUAUAUCUUCAGAUUAUAAAGCAGAUGAUGAUAUCACACAAGAUACAUAUGAAGAACAUUCCAUUAUCCCAGAUACACCCUCAGCCCUUCACAGCCAAGAUCUGUCAUCUCAUCCUUAUUUACAGGUCCUGUCUUCUCAGUCAUCACAGGAUGUUCAGCAAAAAAACGGUCACAGAAGGGAUGUUGGACAUCAACGAGCUCAUACAGGAAAGAAACCAUAUUCAUGCUCAGAAUGUGGGAAAUGUUUUCCUUUUAAAUCACGUCUUGUUGUACAUCAAAGAAAUCACACAGGAGAGAAGCUAUUUUCAUGCUCAGAAUGUGGGAAAUGUUUUCCUUUUAAAUCCGGUCUUGUUGUACAUCAAAGAACUCACACAGGAGAGAAGCCAAUUUCAUGCUCAGAAUGUGGAAAAUGUUUUACUCGGAAAUCACAUCUUAUUCAACAUCAAAGAACUCACACAGAAGAGAAGCCAUUUUCAUGCUCAGAAUGUGGAAAAUGUUUUACUCGGAAAUCACAUCUUAUUCAACAUCAAAGAACUCACACAGGAGAGAAGCCAUUUUCAUGUUCAGAAUGUGGGAAAUGUUUUACUUUAAAAUCAAGUCUUGUUCAACAUCAAAGCGCUCACACAGGAGACAAGCCAUUUUCAUGUUCAGAAUGUGGGAAAUGUUUUACUCUGAAACCAAAUUUUAUUAAACAUCAAAGAACUCACACAGAAGAGAAGCCAUUUUCAUGCUCAGAAUGUGGGAAAUGUUUUACUGUAAAAUCAAGUCUUGUUCAACAUCAAAGAGCUCACACAGGAGAGAAGCCAUUUUCAUGUUCAGAAUGUGGGAAAUGUUUUACUGUAAAAUCAAGUCUUGUUCAACAUCAAAGAGCUCAUACAGGAGACAAGCCAUUUUCAUGUUCAGAAUGUGGGAAAUGUUUUACUGUAAAAUCAAGUUUGGUUCAACAUCAAAGAACUCACACAGGAGAUAAGCCAUAUUCAUGUUCAGAAUGUGGGAAAUGUUUUACUUUUAAAUCCGGUCUUGUUGUACAUCAAAAAACUCACACAGGAGACAAGCCAUUUUCAUGUUCAGAAUGUGGGAAAUGUUUUACUCUGAAACCAAAUCUUAUUCAACAUCAAAAAACUCACACAGAAGAGAAGAAAUUUUCAUGCUUAGAAUGUGGGAAAUGUUUUACUCAGCAAUCACAUCUUAUUCGACAUCAAAGAACUCACACAGGAGAGAAGCCAUUUUUAUGUUCAGAAUGUGGGAAAUGUUUUGCUCUGAAAUCAAGUCUUGUUGUACAUCAAAGAACUCACACAGGAGACAAGCCAAUUCAGAUCAAUAAAGGAGAGAUUGACGAGUUCCUGGCUGAUUUUGAAAGGCAGUGUGCCUUGCACCAGGUACCCGCAGAAGAAUGGGUCACCAUCCUUUCUGGGAAGUUAUCCGGCCGGGCCAGUGAGGCGUUGUGGGCCAUCCCAGAGGAGGAAAUCACAAGUUACCGGGCAGUAAAGGAUGCCCUUUUGGCCAGAUACGCUGUAACCCCUGAGGCGUACCGGUGGCAAUUCCGGGACACUAACAAACAAGCUGGCAAUUCCUAUGUGGAGUGGGCAUGCAGACUACACCGCACCGCAGCCCACUGGAUGGCAGGGUGCCAAGCGGUAACUGGGGAAGAGGUGCUACAAGUGUUUUUGUUGGAGCACUGCUUUGAUCGUUUACCUGCAGGAGUCAGAGAGUGGGUUAGGGACCGCAAACCCGCUACCUUACCCGAAGCUGCUCGUCUGGCUGAGGAGUACACAGAUGCACGGAAGCUGGACCAGGAAACAACCAAGGUCCCUACCCGAGUGGAGUACAAACCGGCAGCACCUCCAACCUCUACUGUGUAUCACCCCCCAGCGCAACGCAACCCCACGAUGCCACCAGCGAACAAUUAUGUUCAACCAGCCCGAUUGAUUGCCCGGGAUUACUCCCAGCCUAUCCGGUGCUAUGGGUGCAAACAAUUGGGGCACAAGAGACCAGAGUGCCCGUUGAGCAAUUCCAACCAAGCCCAGUCAUGGAGAAGACCAGCAGGCAGAAAUCAGCAGCUACCCCAAUCCUCCGCUCACUGUCUUGAGCAGGAGGAAGUUUGGGGUAUACUACAUGAGGCGGAUCCAGUACAAGCAGCCCAGCAGGAUAACCAUCAACAGCACAGGCAGACCUUUAAACUGAAUGGCAAAAUGGUCACUGGUCUGAGAGACACCGGAGCCACUAUGACCCUGUUUCAAAAGAACCUGGUUUCGGUACACCAACUUACUGGAAAUACAGUAGCAGUGAGGGUAGCAGGAGGCGCCGUGUUCCGCCUACCUCUUGCCCGGGUUCAUUUGGAUUGGGGAGCGGGCUCUGGACAUGUGAAUGUGGGGGUCAUGAAAGACUUACCUGCAGAUGUUUUGCUUGGGAAUGACUUGGCCCCUUUGGUUUCCGCUUAUGCUCCAAUGGGACCUGUGGAUGUUAACCCAGUGACUACCCGUGCUCAGACCCGUGCUGCUGGAACCAGCUCACCUGCUGUUGAGACCCAGGUAAGACCCGAUUCCCCGACUGGUAACCUAGAACCGACCUUUGUUAGCUGGGAUUCCCCGGAGGAGUUUGGGAGGGAAACCCAAGCAGAUCUGACGCUCCAGAAGUACAGAGACAGGGCGGAUACUGAAGAAGAAGGAGUAGAUGGGGAGCGCUGUUCAGAUGAGAGGAUCCAGCGAUCCUUUCAUGUGAACAUGCUGAAGGAGUAUCAGGAGAGACCGGAGGAUAUCGCUGCAGUAUGUGCCCCUGCUGCAGACGAUACAGAGAGUUUACCCUUACCAGAUUUGUUAGAGAGGGACUCCCAGACUGACCUUACCAGCCUUGUACAGUUAGGUGACCGAUUGAGCCCCAUAGAGAAGGAACAGGCAAGACAGCUUCUGUGGGAGAAGCAGGCGACAUUCUCCCAAGAGCCCGGCUACACUACCCUAGCUGUACAUAAGAUUCUCCUGGAUGACCCAUCAACCAUGGAGAGAGACAGGAACAAGAUGGCCGACAGGAUCCUAAACCUCACCUUACAGAUACUCUUCCGGCUUACUGGAGAGGAUUACACAGUAGUGAAGAAGUCCUCUAGUGGGCGCUGUCGGGCCCCUGUGGGUGAAGAAUGGGGAAGAUCCCUGAGUCCAAUCCCGGGGCCCCCACCUCACUCCCUGAUACAUGAGGAAAUGGGUGAAAUGAAGAUUCUAGAACUUAUCAACAAGAUGAUGGAGCUGCUGACUAGAGAGGUUCCUAUAAGGUGUCAGGACGUGGCGGUCUAUUUCUCCAUGGAGGAGUGGGAGUAUGUAGAAGGACACAAGGAUCAGUACAAGGAUCAGGUCAUGAUGGAGGAUCAGCAGCCCCUCACAUCACCAGUCAGAUCCAGUAAGAGAACAGCACCAGAGAGGUGUCCCCGUCCUCUUCUUCCACAGGAUGAUCAGGGAAAAGAUCCAAACAAUAUUAAUGCUCCAGAGACAGAUGUGAGCGGUGAUGAGCAGUAUAAGGAGGACAUUCCUACAGGGAAAGAUCUGAUCUGUAUUAAAGCUACAGACAUAAAAGAAGAGACAGAUGUGAGCGGUGAUGAGCAGUAUAAUGAGGACAUUCCUACAGCGAAAGAUCUGAUCUAUAUUAAUGCUACAGACAUAAAGGAAGAAGAGACAGAUGUGAGCGGUGAUGAGCAGUAUAAGGAGGACAUUCCUACAGGUAACCGCCCAGAUUCUUGUAGCAGGAGAUCAGAGGAGAAUCUUAUAUCUUCAGAUUAUAAAGCAGAUGAUGAUAUCACACAAGAUACAUAUGAAGAACAUUCCAUUAUCCCAGAUACACCCUCAGCCCUUCACAGCCAAGAUCUGUCAUCUCAUCCUUAUAUACAGGUCCUGUCUUCUCAGUCAUCACAGGAUGUUCAGCAAAAUAAAAGCCACAGAAGGGGUGCUGGACAUCAACAAGCUCAUACAGUAUUUAAACUAUAUUCAUGCUUAGAAUGUGGGAAAUGUUAUAUUUCUAAAUCAGAGUUUGUUGUACAUCAAAGAACUCACACAGGAGAGAAGCCAUUUUUAUGCUCAGAAUGUGGGAAAUGUUUUACUUCUAAAUCAGUUCUUGUUAAACAUAAAAAAACUCACACAGAAGAGAAGCCGUUUUCAUGUUCAGAAUGUGGGAAAUGUUUUACUUUUAAAUCACAUCUUGUUAGACAUCAAAUAACUCACACAGGAGAGAAGCCAUUUUCAUGUGCAGAAUGUGGGAAAUGUUUUACUCUCAAACCAAAUCUUUAUAAACAUCAAAUAACUCACACAGGAGAGAAGCCAUUUUCAUGUUCAGAAUGUGGUAAAUGUUAUACUGAGAAAGCAAAUCUUGUUUACCAUCAAAGAACUCACACAGGGGAGAAGCCAUUCUCAUGUGCAGAGUGUGGAAAAUGUUUUGCUAAGAAAUCAAUUCUUGGUGAACAUAAACGAACUCACACAGGGGAGAAGCCAUUUCCAUGUGCAGAAUGUGGGAAAUGUUUUACUCAGAAAUCAAGUCUUGUUAAACAUAAAAUAACUCACACAUGAGAGAAGUCAAUUCAGAGCAGUAAAUGAUGCAGAUAACACAUCUAUAUAUUAACCAUGUACAUAGGAUAUCUGACAUUUAUACAUAUAUCAUAUACUGCAUCUCCAAACUUGUUA